UGUGUGCGUGCGCCUUUGCGCGCAUGGAUGGGUGUGUGUGUGUGUGUGUGGGUACGUGUGUGCGCGCGCGUGCGCCUCUUGCCUGCAGCCGCUGCAAGUCGCACCGAGCUUUAACAGCGGUUUUUCUACGUAUGAUGCACCGUGCUCGACGCACCUGUGAGGAGCGAUAAACCCCUCAGCCCGGUACCGCCUGGUGGCUCACCAACCCCGCCGCGCCAGCACCGACAGCAAAACGGAAACACUGCUGCUGCUUUGAACAGAAAGGCUGGAUUUAAAAGAGAACUGCGCCUGUGUGGAGUUUACAGCUGGAUUUUAGCAGUUGGAUACUUGGUGGUCUGUUUAACUAAGUGAUGGAACCGAGAGUGGCCGGCGGAUCCCUUGUCAGCUCUGUUUCACAGUGGACAACAUGAAGGAGGAAAAUCUACUCGCCCUGAUAGCCAGAGAAGUCCAUUCCAUCAGACCGAACUCCACGAGUCUUGAUAGCAUCUGUUCUGAAGUGUAAAAAAAAACACAUUAAAACCUCCGAACCCUCCUCCUCCUCUGUCCCUCUGUCGGUCCUCUCUUUAACCCUUUAGAGGAAGACAUUUCCUCCAUUCCAACUGGACAAUUCACUCAUGUGAUCGACCUUAAGACUGUUAACCACAACGACUGUUCUCCCACUGCUGCCCUUCCCCCUUUUAAAAAACAUAUUUUUAUAAGAAAUAUUUAUCUUAAUAUAUACAUUAUUAUAUACAUAUUGUGGAUAAAUUGUGGAUCGUUUCAGUUCCACUUAAGCACUCUAAAGAUUUACAUCCUAUUGAUUUCCCCUCACACACCUUGUUGGAUUAAUACAUUUUUUCGCAGCUAUGGAUCUUGUAGGUUUUUCUAUCAGGCUGCAAAUGUUCCUCAGCACAUGUCUGGGACUGGAAUUUUUAGGCACGUCAGGUCAGUGGGCACGCUACCUCCGCUGGGACGCCAGCACCCGCGGUGACCUCAGCUUCCAGUUCAAGACAGGCGCCUCGGAGGCGCUGCUGCUGUACUUCGACGAUGGAGGCUACUGUGACUUUCUGCAGCUGGCGGUGGUGGAGGGCCGACUGCAGCUGCGCUUCAGCAUCGACUGCGCCGAGACCACAGUGGUGUCCGACAGACGGGUGGAUGACAGCCGCUGGCACUUUGCCACCCUGAGCAGGUAUAACCUGCGCACUGUGCUCAUACUGGACGGUCAGGCCAAAGCAGAUGAGGUGCGGCCUCAGCGUCUGUUCAUGAAAAUAGUCAGCGACCUGUUCCUGGGUGGAGUGCCUCAGGAUAUCCACAGCAGUGCGCUCACACUUCCUACGGUGCGAAACAUGCAGCCCUUAAGGGGCACAAUUACAGACCUCAAAUAUGGCAUCUCCCAGCCCCUGUUCCUGGGAAGCCUUAAGGUGCCCCUGGAGUCAGAAGGGUGGUGCACCGUGAACCCGUGUGAGAAUGGCGGUACAUGCUCAGUGGUGGAUGGAGAACCGGUCUGUGACUGCUCCAAAACAGAAUACAAGGGCCGCUUCUGCAGUGAAGAGGUCAUCAACAAUAUGCCAGGCCUUGCACAUAUGAUGGCAGAACAAGCUAAAAGCAAAGCAAGGGAAGAGAAUGUGGCCACUUUCCGUGGCUCUGAGUAUUUCUGCUACGAUCUCUCCCAGAACCCCAUCCAGAGCAGCAGCGACGAGAUCACGCUCUCCUUCAAGACGUGGCAGCGCAAUGGCCUUAUCCUUCACACCGGCAAGUCAGCUGACUACGUCAACCUGGCGCUGAAGGACGGUGCUGUUUCCCUCGUCAUCAACCUGGGAUCUGGAGCCUUUGAGGCCAUCGUGGAACCGGUUAAUGGAAAGUUUAAUGAUAACACUUGGCAUGAUGUCAAAGUGACCCGCAACCUUCGGCAGGUGACAAUAUCAGUGGAUGGGAUUCUGACCACCACCGGCUACACCCAGGAAGACUACACCAUGCUGGGCUCUGAUGACUUCUUCUAUGUUGGUGGAAGCCCCAGCACUGCUGACCUGCCUGGAUCUCCAGUCAGCAACAACUUCAUGGGCUGUCUCAAGGAGGUGGUGUAUAAGAACAAUGACAUCCGUCUUGAGUUGUCCCGCCUGGCUCGCAUUGUGGACCCUAAGAUGAAAAUCCAGGGUGAGGUGUCCUACAAGUGUGAGAAUGUGGCCACCUUGGAUCCCAUUUCUUUUGAGACUCCCGAAGCUUACAUCAGCCUCCCCAAGUGGAACACCAAGCGGAUGGGAUCCAUCUCUUUCGAUUUCCGUACGACAGAGCCCAACGGCCUUAUUCUCUUCACUCAUGGCAAACCACAAGAGCGCAAAGACGCUGCACGCAGCCAGAAGAACACCAAGGUGGAUUUCUUUGCAGUAGAGCUGCUGGAUGGCAGCCUGUAUCUGCUGUUGGACAUGGGCUCAGGGACCAUCAAGGUGAAGGCCACUCAGACAAAGGUCAAUGAUGGUGCCUGGUAUCAUGUGGAUAUUCAGAGAGAUGGACGCUCAGGCACCAUCUCUGUAAACAGCCGAAGGACCCCGUUCACAGCCAGUGGUGAGAGUGAGAUUCUGGACCUGGAGGGUGACAUGUACUUGGGUGGGCUUCCCACUGACCGGACCAACCUCAUCUUGCCGACCGAGCUCUGGACAGCGAUGCUUAACUACGGUUAUGUGGGCUGUAUUCGUGACCUUUUCAUUGAUGGUCGAAGUAAGGACAUCCGUCAGAUUGCUGAGGCACAAAAUGGCGCUGGCAUCAAACCAUCGUGCAACAAGCAACCUGGCAAGCAAUGUGAAAGCUACCCGUGUAAGAACCGAGGUGUCUGCAAAGAAGGCUGGAAUCGAUUCAUAUGUGACUGCACUGGCACUGGCUACUGGUCACGCACCUGUGAGAGAGAGGCGUCCAUCCUCUCCUAUGAUGGCAGCAUGUACAUGAAGGUGGUGAUGCCAACCAUCAUGCACACUGAGGCCGAGGACGUCUCCCUGCGAUUUCGUUCCCAGCGGGCGUAUGGCCUCCUCAUGGCCACCACCUCCCGAGAUUCAGCCGACACACUCAGGCUGGAGUUGGAUGGGAGUCGCGUUAAACUCACGGUCAACCUAGACUGUAUCAGGAUAAACUGUAACUCCAGCAAGGGACCGGAGACCCUGUAUGCCGGGCAAAAGCUCAAUGAUAAUGAAUGGCAUACAGUGCGUGUGGUGCGCCGCGGCAAAACCUACAAGCUAACGGUUGACGAUGAUGUAGCAGAAGGACAAAUGGUGGGUGACCACACUCGUCUGGAGUUCCACAACAUCGAAACAGGCAUCAUGACAGAGCGUCGAUUUGUUUCCAGCAUCCCAUCCAGCUUCAUUGGUCAUCUUCAGAGCCUUAGAUUUAAUGGCAUGCUCUACAUAGACCUCUGCAAGAAUGGUGAUAUUGAUUACUGCGAGCUUAAUGCCCGCUUUGGGGUUCGCUCCAUUAUCGCCGACCCUGUCACCUUCAAAUCCAAGAGCAGCUAUCUGAGCCUGGCCACCCUACAGGCCUAUACGUCCAUGCACCUCUUCUUCCAGUUCAAGACCACCUCCCCAGAUGGCUUUAUACUCUUCAACUCUGGAGACGGCAAUGAUUUUAUCGCUGUGGAACUGGUUAAAGGAUACAUCCACUAUGUUUUUGACCUUGGAAAUGGGCCCAACCUAAUCAAGGGCAAAAGUGAAAGGGCACUGAAUGACAACCAGUGGCACAAUGUGGCUAUCACCCGAGACAACAGCAACACCCACACACUGAAAGUAGAUGCUACAGCCACAAGUCAGAGCAUCAAUGGGGCCAAGAACCUGGACUUGAAAGGUGAUCUCUUCAUCGCAGGACUGGGUCCAGGCAUGUAUGGCAAUCUGCCUAAACUGGUGGCUUCCCGAGAAGGCUUCCAGGGCUGCUUGGCGUCGGUGGACCUCAACGGUCGCCUACCAGAUCUCCUCAACGACGCCUUGUUUCGCAGCGGGCAGAUUGAGCGUGGAUGCGAAGGUCCUAGCACCACAUGUCAGGAGGACUCCUGUGCCAACAUGGGCAUCUGUAUCCAGCAGUGGGAGAACUACACCUGCGACUGCUCCAUGACCUCCUACACCGGCACACAGUGCAACGACCCUGGAACAACGUACAUCUUUGGCAAAGGAGGAGGCCUCAUCACGUUCAAGUGGCCAGCCAAUGAGAGGCCGAGCACCAGGACGGACAGGCUGACCGUAGGCUUCAGCACCUCCCUGAAAGACGGCAUCCUGGUCAGGAUUGACAGCGCGCCUGGUCUGGGUGACUACCUCAUGCUGCACAUACAACAAGGCAAAAUUGGAGUGACUUUUAACAUCGGCACAGUGGAUAUCAGUGUGGAGGAGAGCAGUACCCCAGUGAAUGAUGGGAAGUAUCACGUUGUCCGCUUCACCAGGAAUGGUGGCAACGCUACGCUGCAGGUGGAUAACUGGUCCAUCAAUGAACACUUCCCAACAGGGAACAGCGACGUUGAACGCUAUCAAAUGGCCAAUAAGAAAAUUCCUUUCAAAUAUGCCAGACCAGUAGAAGAGUGGCUACAAGAGAAAGGACGGCAGCUAACAAUUUUCAACACCCAAGCGACAGUCACAAUCGGUGGUAGUGAUCGCAGCCGGCCCUUUCAGGGUCAACUGUCUGGCCUUUAUUACAAUGGUCUCAAGGUGUUGAACAUGGCUGCUGAGGGCAACCCUAACAUCAAGAUUAAUGGCAGUGUGAGGUUGGUAGGUGAUGUGCCUAGUGCGCCAGGCUCAGCCAGGACCACGGCCAUGUCUCCAGAGAUGUCUACUACCUUCAUAGAGACUACCACCAUGAUGUCCACCACUACCACACGGAAACACAGAUCCUCCUCAACUGUACAGCAUUCGUCAGAUGACCUUGUGUCAUCUGCAGAGUGUUCGAGUGACGACGAAGACCUGGAGGAGUGUGAAACUAGCCAUGCAGGUGGGCUAGGAGCUGAGUUAGUCAUCCCAGUACUUGAGGAUCCAUUAGCGCACCCCUCUGUAGCUCCUCGUGCACCCUUCAUUCCCACUCCCUCAACCCACCACCCACUCCUCACCAUUAUUGAGACCACCAAAGAGUCCCUGUCCAAGGCCACUGAGGCGGGGGUACCUUGCUUGUCGGACCGAGGCAGCGAUGAUUGUGAUGAUGAUGGCUUGGUGAUAUCGGGGUAUGGCUCUGGGGAAGCGUUCAAGUCUAACCUGCCCCCUACUGAUGAUGAAGAUUUUUACACGACCUUCUCCUUGGUAACAGAUAAGACCUUUUCCACGUCAAGCUUUGAAGGUGGCUACAAAGCUCACGCGCCCAAGACUUUUAGACCUAACAAACCUUCAAUCUCCAGACGCGGUAGGGCUACCACUACCGCCAUACCACUAACCGCCGACCAGAGCCGCACCACCGCCACCUCUGCCUCCACCGCAACCCUCCACAAUGCUCCGGCCAAACAGCCAGCUGGCAAAAUGAAUAACCGCGAGCUAAAACCCCAGCCCGACCUAGUGUUGCUUCCAUUGCCCACAUCCUUUGAGGUAGACAGCACCAAGCUGAGGGGCCCAUUAAUAACCUCCCCAAUGUUCCGUAAUAUACCCACAGCACUCCCCACAGAGCCGGGCGUCAGGCGAGUUCCAGGGCCCUCGGAAGUGGUCCGUGAAUCUAGCAGCACCACCGGGAUGGUCAUCGGAAUAGUGGCGGCCGCUGCCCUGUGCAUCCUCAUCCUUCUGUAUGCCAUGUAUAAGUACAGGAACAGGGAUGAAGGCUCCUACCAGGUGGACGAAAGCAGGAACUACAUAACCAACUCAGCUGUGCAGAGCAAUGGCGCUGUCAUGAAAGACAAACAGCAGAGCUUGAAAGGCAGCAACAAGAAACAGAAAAAUAAGGAUAAGGAGUAUUACGUGUGACUGUGAGACUUUCGUGAACACGAGAGAGUGAAGAAAGAAAGCACUAAGAGAACAUUUACUUAUCAGUUUCCUUGUGAGGAGCUAUGACAAAUGAUGGUAUAAUGUGGAACUUGAAUAAUCCUAUACUGUGCUGAGUAGUUGAACUGAUGAUAUGUACUGUAAUAUAAAGCACACUUACUAUUGUAAGCAUAAUGACAAGGCUAAAUAGCAACUUUAGAGACCUUACUCUUCUAUCUGGUCAGAGACGUUAUCAGUAUAGAAAUAUUUCACAGCUACAUCAUUCUCCUAAGUGACUUUUAGAGCUAUGUGAUCCUUGGCAUUGAACAAAAAACUUUUUUGUAAAAUUGUUAAUUACAAAAGGCUCAUAAUCUUCUACAUUUUCAGCAUGUAAGCAACAUGUAGUGCUUAACAAGAGGGGGUCAGGCACACCAUCAUUGUAAAACUAAAAAAGGACUCUUGUUAUAUCAGAAUAUGACAGAUUUCUAUGGUUUAUACAUAAUACAAGUGUGGUGUCUAACUUAUUUUUGCUUUAAGCAAAAGAAACAAAAUGACAAAAAGAAAAGCAAGAAAAGAAAACUAUUUCUGUGUAUAAAAUGAUAUCAAGUGAGCACAUUGCCAUGAGCAGAAUCUGAAUCUGUUCCCUGUGGCAUCUUGAAUCACCACGACUAUUCUCAUCGUCUGACAGACAGAGUGGCUCACUCUGUGGAAAGAAGUGGCCGUUUCUCUUGGUAAAAUGCAACUGAUUGUGAAAUGCAUGCCAUCCUGAUUCUACAGUAAAGUACAGUACAGUAAAAGUCCAGUAUACAGUGUUCAACUUGGACCAUGUUCUCUUUGAUGCCAAAACGAUUCUUCAUCAUCAGAUCAGAACUUAGCCCCUGUCCUCUUUUUGAAGCUCUCAAAAAUGUUACCCAUGGAAAAAAAACAAUCUCUUAAAGAAAAAGGUCUAUUAUCGAUGCACAGCCAGUGGUGGUUUUAUCUUUUUGCAAAACUGUAUGUUGGUUCAUUGCCUAUCAUUCUCUUUUUUUAUGGAGGUGUCAGGAAACAAAUGCAGUACUACAACACUGUUAACAAAUGUGUAUACAGAAAUAAAUCAAAUGUUGAAAGUGUGAAUUCUAUCUGCUGUCACAGUCAACUGUGUCAAAAAACAAGAAAUUUGUUUACAUAUUUUAUUACAUGCUAGCUGUUGUACUUUGUAGGUAGGAAAUUGUACAUAUACCAUGACAGUUGUAAUUUUUAGUACCUCUAUUGUACAGACUGAACAUAUGGUUUAUCAGCGUAUUUCAUGACAAAAUCUAUUAACUGUUAAUUUACAUGGAGAAAAACUUUAAUCAGAAUGUGGAGCAUCAUAUUGAUAUUUCAUAAAGAAUAAAAAUGUAUUGUUAGCCUAGAGAUCUAACCAGAGAUGUUUCUAAAGUUGCAUGAAUAUUUAACUACUUGCAGUUGUCCAACAAAUACAAGGUGCCCUUCCUUCUGUA